AUGGCGGAAUGUUCACUAUCCGCGUGGAAAAUUAUCCCCCAAUUUUGCAGUACCUCAAUUCCCCGGACUAUUGAAUUUUACACGAAAUCACUCUACUUUACACUCGGAGGAACACACCCGGAUGACGAUGCAAAUACGGCCCCGACGUUUUGCUCAGUAUUUAUCGGGAAAAAGGCGGCUGCCAAUAUAUACUUUUUUCAAACAAAGUUGUCAUCUUCAAAGCCAAAUGAAACAGAGGAUAGAAGUGCCGGUGAAAACAACCAGGAAAUAUUCCACCCAUCUUCGACGAUGAUUGCCCUGGGAACCGCGGAGCUAGACGAAUACUACGGCAUUCUGGUUGAGGAAGGGAAAGUCAAGAUUACCGAGCCUAUCGAGGACAAGCAAUGGGGUUAUCGACAGUUUACUUUGGAGGAUCCUGACGGCAACAAGAUCACCUUUUUUAAAUUCUUGGAAGAGGGAAAUCCUGGGUCGGAAUGA